GAAAGAGGGAAGGGUAGAAAACUAGAGAGAGAGGAAAACAUUUCUCCCGACUUGAUCCCGCCAUAGUUUUCCCCCACUCUUCCACCGUAGACCCAUCAUCAAAUCCACCCAGUACAACCCACCUCCUCCACAGUGCGGUAGAGGGCCAUAGGCUGCUGCUUUGUACGUCUGUCGGGGCCGACUGCAAGUCAAGGGAUUUCAUUUCUUCUCCUGCUCCACUUAAUCAACUGGAUUUACAGAUAAAUUCAAUACCAUCUGUUUUUACACUUUUGAAAUCUCAUUUAAUUCUCUGUCGAGAAUUAACACUUGUCCCCUUUUGUAUUCUUUUUUUAAGUCUUCUUUAUCUUUUUAUAUAGUCUUGCGAUCCAGCGUGAUUUCUACUUUCAGUUAGUGUUGCAAGUGUGACAAUAUCUUGUUGCUCUAUUAGCGAAUACAGGAGAGAAACUUUUUUUUUGCUGGCUUGAUUUGAGUUAUCAUCGGGUUUGGCUUUUUCGGUUUUGGACUCGGAAAACACAAUUUCCACCAUGCACAAGCUAUACAUUGGGAAUCUAGGCGACAGCGUGACCGCCGAGGACUUAGGAAAAACCUUUGACGACCACAAGAUCCCAUACUCUGGACAGUUUCUAAUGAAAACCGGCUAUGCGUUUGUGGAUUGUCCGGACGAUCACUGGGCCAUGAAGGCAAUCGAGACGUUUUCUGGUAAAGUGGAACUUCAUGGGAAACGCAUUGAGGUCGAGCACUCCGUCCCCAAGAAGCAAAGGACCAGGAAACUGCAGAUCAGAAACAUUCCACCUCACCUACAAUGGGAGGUGCUGGAUGGUCUGUUGGCCCAGUGUGGAACUGUAGAGAACUGUGAACAAGUGAACACAGACAGUGAGACUGCAGUGGUUAAUGUCACAUAUGCAUCCCGGGAGCAUGCCAGGCAAGCCAUCCAGAAGCUGAAUGGAUACCAGUUUGAGAACAAUGCCUUGCGCGUCUCCUACAUCCCCGAUGACAUCUCUGAGCUGGAGGGAGGCCAGCGGGGGCCUGACAAUGGCCGGCGCCCCGGUUAUGGGCCUCGCGGCGGGCCCCGCGGGGGUUCCCCGAGCUCCGGGAUGCCCUCCAAACCUCCACACGCCGACAUCCCGCUGAGACUGCUGGUACCCACUCAGUAUGUCGGAGCCAUCAUCGGCAAGGAGGGAGCCACCAUACGCAACAUCACCAAGCAGACACAGAGCAAGAUCGAUGUGCACCGCAAAGAGAAUGCAGGUGCUGCUGAGAAGCCAAUCAGCAUCCACUCCACCCCUGAGGGCUGCUCAGCCGCCUGCCGCAUGAUCCUGGACAUCAUGCACCAGGAGGCUAAAGACACCAAGACUGCUGAUGAAGUUCCUCUGAAGAUCCUAGCUCACAACAACUUUGUGGGACGCCUGAUUGGGAAGGAGGGACGCAACCUGAAAAAAGUCGAGCAGGACACAGACACCAAGAUCACCAUCUCCCCUCUUCAGGACCUGACGCUGUACAAUCCAGAGAGAACCAUCACAGUUAAAGGCUCUAUUGAAGCCUGCUGUCAGGCCGAGGUGGAGAUCAUGAAGAAGGUCAGAGAGGCCUACGAGAAUGACAUUGCUGCUAUGAAUCAACAGACCCACCUGAUCCCCGGGCUCAACCUGGGUGCUCUGGGCCUCUUCCCCUCUUCCUCCAAUAUGCCCCCCCCUCCGCCUGGAAAUGCUGUAACCGGUGCCCCCUAUGGCUGCUUUGGGGCUCCAGAGCAGGAGACGGUCCAUGUAUACAUCCCAGCACAGGCAGUGGGAGCCAUCAUCGGAAAGAAGGGACAGCACAUCAAACAGCUGAGCCGCUUCGCUGGGGCCUCCAUCAAGAUCGCCCCAGCUGAAACUCCCGACUCUAAAAUGAGGAUGGUGAUUGUGACAGGACCCCCUGAGGCUCAGUUUAAGGCUCAGGGCAGAAUCUAUGGGAAACUGAAGGAGGAGAACUUCUUUGGGCCAAAGGAGGAGGUCAAACUUGAGACUCACAUCAAGAUGGCCGCAGCCGCUGCAGGAAGGGUCAUUGGAAAAGGAGGCAAGACGGUGAAUGAGCUGCAGAACCUGACAGCAGCUGAAGUGGUGGUCCCCAGGGAACAGACACCUGAUGAAAAUGACCAGGUCAUCGUUAAGAUCAACGGACAUUUCUACGCCAGCCAGUUGGCUCAGAGGAAGAUUCGGGACAUCCUGACCCAGGUCAAACAGCCACAGAAAGGCGGGAUGGCCAUGAGCCCCGGCCCUCAUACCCAGGGCUUCACAGAGAUGGGCAGUCCUACGCAGGGUCUGACUCAAGACCACCAGCCACGCAGGAAGUGAGGGUCCCCGCAUCCUCCUUAAACGCCGUGGGGCACCCCUGCCUGACGGACAGACAGACAGACAGACACAUGCAUGGACGGAUAGACAGACGGACGGAUACAGGAGAGCGACACACGGACCCAGCGAUAGACAGGGAGAGAUAUAAAGAGGGAGGGAGUAUGCCCGAUAGCCAGAGAGAAAGAGAGGUGUUUAGAGAGAGGGAGAGAUGAAUAAAAUCAAAAGAUGAAAUGAAUUAAAACGAGGAUUAAGAUUAAAAGAAACUUGAGAACAGAGACCAGAUGCCAGGCCAGAAGAAACACUGACUGAAGAUGGAGGGAUAAAGGAAAGGAGGGAUGGAGAGAGGGAGGGGUGGUGUCCUCCUAGUGUGCCUUUGUAGGACUGCAGCCAGCUCCUCAUCUGUUGAAACUCCAACAGAUCCUGCAUCAGACAGGUUUAAACAACAGGGGCAACAUUAUUCACCGUGUGAGGUGGAGCCUCACCUGUCCACAUGCGCUCAGAUCUAGUGCAGAUGGGUGAGGCUGGCUGGAAAAAUCCAUUUUUCCUGAGACACACUAGCAGGGACCCACUUGCCCCUCCGUCGCCCCCUACAGACCUCUCCAACCAUCUGCAGUCAGUCCUAUAUUUUAAGGGUGGUUUUUUUAAACAUAGAGAUAUAUGUAUAGAAAUGUUUUAUUCAGAGCUAUUAUUGAUAAUAUGCAGUGAGGCGGAGAUGGGAGAGGGAGCAGGGAAACUGCUGCAGUGGCGCAGAGGGAUAGGUCACAGGUCUGGCGCUAGCCACACCCACCCCCAACCCCUGAGCCAAUGAGAGUCUGAAAGAGGGGCCGCAGAUGUUAACACUGCUCUUUAAAGACCUCUCUGAAUAGCGGAGAGAUUAGAAAAAAGAGAAAAAAGAAGAAAAUAUGAGGUUGUAAAUAUAUAAUCUUCAUGUAAAUGUUAAGAAAUGCUGCGUCUGGCCGUCUUGCCUUUCCUGUAAAGGGGUCUUCUGUAUAUUUCCCAGUCCCUUGUCUAUGAAAUGUAGCAUAAUGUAGCCUACAACAAGGCCGGGGGCUGGGGAGGCACUGAGCACCCCCCUCCACAUUUAGCCGUGUGGCGGAAGGCGCAGCAAGAGACAGUAAGGGGAGCUGAGGUCGCAGCUGGUCCUGCAGUUCUAUUGCAGCGGCUAAGCUCACACACGUGAAACCAUUAUUAAACAACGUAAACAGCCAGCAGCUAUGCCAGCUGGCUAGCGGCCCGCACCUUAAAUGGCAUAUUUUAUAUAUAUUAUAUAUAUAUGAUAUGUGAGUUAGCCCGGCCCCUUUGGUGAAUGUAUUGAAGGCAGGGAGUCAGGUGUGAGGUUUUGCUACACCUGUAUGAAAAAGUCCUGCAUUGACAGACAGACAAGGUGUGUCUGAGACUUUCUGAUCAUUGCCGCCUUCUAGCGCUGGAUUCUCAAGGCCAGUCUUGGACAGGAUGGCAUUCUCCUCAGAGAAGCUGGGGUCUUUGAGACCAUUUUUGUUUCUGACAAACAUGGCCUCUGAUGCUUGUAGUACUAAAUAAAAUCCGAGGCUGGCCUCAGCCGCGCGCCGCAACCAAAAAGGCGAAGUCUUCCAAACCUCCUUGCCUUGAGCUCAGAGAAGGUAAAAUCAGACUGAAGGGGAGCGGCUUCCUCGUUCUCUCUCCCAAUCUGCCGAAGGCCUGUGGGCGGAGCCUCCAGACCCUGCCUGCGUAUGAUAAUGAGGGGCGGGGUCUACGCCUGGACGCUCUCGCCAAGAUUAGAACAGAUUAGAGAAGAAAUGAAAAAGAAAAAAACCUACCUCAGGGUAAAGUUACCUCAGUAUUCCUAACUUUUUUUUGCUUGCUGGUGUUUUAUAUAAGAAGAAAAAAAGAAAAGAAGAGCUGAUAGUCCUGAAUAUUUUUAUUUUUUUAAGGAAAAAAGUAUUUUUUUUUAGGUAUUGUCUUGUUGCUUUGGUUAUUUUUUUCUGUUUUUUUUUGGUGUGAUGAUGGUUGAAUGAGCUCAGGAUGAUGAAGAGGCAGUGUUUUUUUUUUCAAAGUAGAGGCAGAUAAAAUGCGGCGAGGAAAUGCGUUGACUGUCAUUUUGCCUUUUUUAGGUGAGAAAACAUGCUCUCUGUUUUCCUGAAGUGUGACUGGAGUAGCUGUUGUCUGAAACGAAAAAUUGGCCAAUGGGGAGAGGUAUUAACUCGAGAGGGGGUCCUAAAGUGCACAUGGUCACUGAACAUGCCACUGGGGUCACUUUACUGAGCUCAUGCCAUCAUAGGGGGUGUUACUAAUGAUUUCUAUCAUGCAGAACGACUUGCACAUUCAGACAACUUCAUCCUCAGGUCACAUGAAAUCACUGCGAGUCCCUUUUCUUGUGGCUACUGGCCCAACCUGAAGGACCCUCUUCUCCUGCCUUAUUGUGAUGACAUCAUCAUGAAGCUCCAAACAUUAUGAGAGGGCUCUAAGUGUUCAAAAUAACAGCGAGAGGUUUCUCACCCUUAAAGGAGACAUGUGAAAGUGAGCUUUCAAGCCAAAUAUCACACUGUCUGUCUUUACCUUUCUCACCUGGAGGCUGGGAACUUGUCAGAUCAGAGCUGUGUUGAACGCAGCAGUAGUGGUCCAUCUACAGCGUAACUGUACAUGGAGACAGGAGAGGGCAUUCUACCUACACACAAACACAGACACACACACACACACACACAUACACACACACCUGAACUAGCUCUGACUUCUCUGAAUGUGAAUAUUUAUUACCUGUGCACUGACCACGACACCUCAGAUGCUCCCUGUUGGCUACGUGUGUGUGUGUGUGUGUGUGUGUGUGUGUGUGUGUGUCUGUGUGUGUGCGUCUGUGUGUGUGUGUGUGUGUGUGUGUGUGUGUGUGUGUGUGUGUAUAUGUGUGUGAGUGAGUGAAAGUGAAUGCAGGUGUGUGUUUGUUUGUGUUCACUGGUUUUAAAUGUUCAUUUUUGUCAGGGGAUGUGGUUGGGUGAAACUUGGAAAAAAGCAGAAAAAAGUAAGACCAGAACCUAUGGCCCUCCGUCUGUGUUCCAACUGACGGAGGACGGAGAAAUCCGAGAACCUUUAAAAAAAAAAAAAAAAAAAAAAAAAAAAAAAAUGGGAGCAAAAAAGAAAAAGCAAGAGAGUUUAAAAACAACAGUAACUCAGCUGAAUAAUAGAUUAAUUCCUGUACAUAAACUAUUGAAAAAGGUGAUCACAAUACUUUUGUAUUUUUGGAGAAAAAAGCAUAAAAAAUCAAAAUGGGAAAAGCCGUUGAGAGAGGAAAGAUUGCGCCAAGCCAAGUCACCGAGGGACACUGCCAGAUAGCUCACAAUCUUUUUAUUGUCUUACCUGUGCUCGGCAUCAUACACCACCAGCUUUCAUCGGCUACCCCACCAGCUCACCAUCAAACAGGGAAAAGUCUAUUCUAUUGUGUCUAUGCUUCCAUUUUUGUCCAGAGGUGGUAACUUCACAGCUCAACAUGUCAUCCUGUGUCAAGUUUCCACCUCUUCCCAAACCAUAGAGCUCUGUUCACGACCACCAAGACAUUUAGGAUUCGUUAUUCAGCCUGCAGCCAUUUGGAUUGGUUAGAAUUCAUGUGUUUUUUUUUUUUUUUUUUUUUUGCUUUAUCUAGUUUUGACAAUACAGCAAGCUUUAUUUGGAUGUGACAUCUGGGGACGUAUUGUUGCACUAAUUGAUGAAAUAUGUCGACAACGUCUAACUAUCGAAACGACUGAGAACCUCCUGUAACACCUGAUGCAGUUCUUUAAAGAAAAAGGUGGAGAGUGACGGGAGGAGGAGAAGGAAGGAGGAGAGGUGGUCCAACAUUUGGGACGGGAUGUAGCGAGGAACCUCUCCCUCCCAUUCUUUCAACAAGUAAAUUCCACUGUCUUCUCUCCUAUCACUUCUUCUCGUCUCGUCUGUACUCUAGGAGAAGAGUGAGAUGUUUUUAUUUACUUUUAUUAAAAAAAAAAAAAAAAUCAUUUCAUUUUUGGAGCGGGCAGGAACGUCAGGGUCCCUCGCCCUCUCUUCCGCUGGUCUUCACCGUGUUCGUUUCGCUCAAUUCUGUUCAAGACCUUUCUAUUUCUUACUUUAACCACCUUUUUUUUUUCUCACUAUCGUUCCGACUCUCUUUUUGGAAAAAUGAAAAUAGUUGAAUUUGAUAAUGUUUUGUUCUUUUUUUUUUUUGAAUGCACAAAUCUAUUAACAGAACAGUUACUAAAUACACUGAACUACUAACAUGUAGGUCAGUACAUGACAGUAACUGUGCCAAACACACAGGAAGGGGCUCAGUCCAAAAUGCAGCGUUGAGCCAUUUUGAGCAAAUAACUUGCAACGCUGAACAUAAGGUCUAACGAUAACUUCAGCAGUAUUUCAGAAUGAAAGUUACCACUUUCAGAUGGUGGUAUCUCAUCUUGGAACUGAACUCUUCUCAUCUUUUUUUUUUGUAUGUACAGUAGAGACAGUAGAGAGAAAACAUUUUAGGGUUGUUGUGUCUCCACACAGGAAAAGAAAAAGAAACUGAGACACACACCAUGCUACCUGGGGCUGUAAACACAGCUCACAUAAAUCGUAGCCUGCAUCCUGACAGGGACAGAAAUCAGUAGAUCUUUCUUAUGUUUCAUCUGGUUUUCCUCUCCGAUGUGAGGAAAUCAGAUGUGGAUCAUUUCUGGGCCCAAAAGUGAACACUGUCCUUUUUUAUGCAAGUUUCGUGAUAUAUUGAUAAGUUGCAUCAGCUAGUUGGACAGAGUUUGGCAGUGUGAGGUGCCACACAGUCAUCAAACUUAGAUGAUUUUGUCGUAUCAUGCUUAUUCCAAGACUGUUUCACCCCAUUUUCUAUAAUUUGCUACGUAAUAUUACUGCUGACCAUUUUCUAAAACAUAUCAUCAAUCAUAUAUAUGUUUAUAUAGCAAAACUUACCAUCAGAUUUAGAUUUGUGAAAUUUAAUCUGCUGGUUUUCAUUUAUUUCACUACGAUAAGAAAAUCAACUAGACUUGAGAAAUGCUAGAGUUAGAUCAUGGUUCACAUUGAACAAGUCUGGACCAUGACCCCUUCGGGGGCCCCUGGGCAAAUAAAAAAAAAAAAAAAAAUUGCUGUAGGGCCGCCAGUGGGCACAGCUCCACCCUUCCUCCAGAGUGCUCCGAGAGGAGGGGAGGAGUUGAUAUUGCUCUCUGAUGACUGCGGGCUCAUCACCACAAGUGACCCCCUUCACAUUUCCCUGAGUCAUCUGAUCCAUUGUUAAUAUACAAAUGCUAAUUAUAGCAGCUUUAAGUCUCUGCAACCUGACUGCCAUAGUGUAAUGAAAUGCAUGGAGAGUAGAGGAAAAGCCCAUCAGUGUAAAAUACUACGGCGUGCUUUAGAACAUGGUCAGCAUCACUGUAGAGUAUAUGCUGUGAAUGGGCAAAAAACACACUGGUAUUGUCCUUUUAUUUAAAGAUGGAAUCUUGGAAAUGCAGACUUUAGGGUAAACUAUCUUGCUCAGUUUCUUGUUUGUGGCAGCAGAGCGCAGCUUUGCUUUAUAGACCUAACAGCAUGUAGCUCAGCCCUGACAGAUGACAGACAGAAAAAAACCAGACAGUCUCCAAGCUCUCGUGAGGACAGUUUGCCAUAAAACACUUUCAGAUAUCCCCCGUCCCUCAGCAGAAAUGGGCUCAGAGUCUCGACACAGAGACCUGGCAGAGGGACACGCUACCGAGACAAAACAAAAAAACCUCUGACACAUAACUAGGAACGCUACCUCAGCACAUAAGCAAACUCAGCUAGAAGAUUGUUUCUUUUAUUUUCUUUUAUUGCAAACAGACAAGAGCAAACAGUCAGUCACUCAGUCGGACAGACGUGCAGACAGAAAGGACGGACAGUCUAUGUUACAGUCGCAAUUAUUUUCUUUUUCCACUCUUUAAUUUAUUUUUCGGUAUUUGAAAUGUUACCUCUCCAGCUUAGAGAUGGGACUGUAAAAAUAAAUAAGUAAAUUAAAUAAAACGACAAAAAAGACAAAAAAACCCAAUAUGGAUACAUUGUGGUGCAGGGUGGCGAGGGCAGCUGGGACGAGGAUUUUCUUCAUGUGUCGGGCAGGAUCUUAAGUAACCGGAUUGGUCCACGUCUGGGCCAAUCAUAACGAGGUGUUAACACUUUCUAUUUUACAAAUGUACUUGUUUAAAGCUGAUUAUAGUCAGUAACCUCACUUUGUAUCACAACUUAACGCCACUGUUUUUUGACCUGUCUCCGACAGCUAAAAUGACCCACAAUCCUCUUUCAGCUCCGUCCUGCAGCUCCACUUCCCCUCCCUCUGAUUUCAUCUUUCUGACUCAAAGGGGCACGACACCUGUAACCAUGUAAUUGUUUUGAUGAUCUACCUCUUAGGAAAAAAAUAGAUAAAUGGUAAUUUUUUUUUUUUUUUGAAAAAGGACACAAAAAUAACAAAAAUAACAAAAAAAAAAAGUUGCUUGAAAGAAAUAUAGGUAAAUGAAUAACUGGGUAGCGGCAUCUCCAUAUACUGUAGUGGAUAGUCUAUUAAAGGAAAAAUCUUUUACUUCUUCCAAAGAUGAUUUUGUUUUCUUUCUCCAUUUUUAGUUGUUUUUGAAAGGAUUAUGAAAUGGAAUAAUAAACUGACAGGGGGAGACAAAAGCUUACCAUCUGUUUUUUGAUUUUCUUCUUUAAAAAACCCAACAUAAAUGAGAUUUCUUUAUCCAAUUUGCAUUUCUUUUUUUCAUUUCAUUAAACUUACACUUUUUAAAAUUUCAAAAUAUUCUUCAUGUUUUGUUUUGGUUGACUUCUAAUUUUCUCUUUUUUAUGACAGCAGAUUGUAUCUCUUGUGUUUGGGUGCAUUUAGCAUUUUCUUUCUCUCUGUGAAAAGCCUACAGUUAGAGCGCCCUGCGAGGACCUUCUACACUGAUCGAUGAUCUAUUUUCACUUCUAAUGAUUUGUUUGAAAAAGCAAAAGGACCUGUUGUUUUAGCUGACUGUGUUGCUGCGUGUGGAAGGAGGGAGGCCAUGUGUCAUAUGUGUCCUUCUCAUGCCACCCAGACUUGGAUUCAAAUAGAAAUAACCCGAUCUGGGCUUGGCCUCAAAAUGGAAAAUUCAGAUCUCCAUGUGCCCCGAUGUGCAGCCAUGUCGAGACUCUUUACUAAUGUCCCAGCAACCUAGAGGCAAUGUGAGAGGAGUUGAGUCUCCCUCCUUCCACCAGAUGGCGCCUUUGGUCUUCACUGUAUAUGGACUUUCACUCUGCCUGCCUGAUUCCUUUAGUCCUCAUCAACACUUGUUUAAACUCCUUGUAAACAAAACAGA